GUGAAGAGGAAUGGCGGCUGUUUCAGUAAGCUCCCGGUCUGCAGCUCAGCCGCUUCCUGCUUUUGGGAGUGAGCACCUAAAAGAACAGACAGGACAGAAAGAUACAGACUACAUGACAUCGAAGUUGAAUUAUGUGUUGGAACACAGAGAUGAGACGGUCAUCUUGAAGAACCCAGCUGGUGCCAUUUUGACGAUUGGAGACCUCGAUGAAACCAUCUACAGAGAUAAAAAGAAGGUGGUGAAUGGGUGGAACAAAUUCUACCUUAAAGAUAUCGUAAGCAUGCAGGUCUUUGGCGUGGUGAUGGGAACUUCGUGCCCAGAGGACCAUCUGGUUCUGAUGACCUGUGAGGACCAGAAGGUGUACGCCUACGAUGGAGAGGUGCUGCAUUUGGUGGCUUCAAGCUGGGAGCAGCUACUUGACGAGGGAAUCCAGUAUCCAGCAGAGACGUCGUACUACAAAGGAGAAGCCUUCAAAGACACGGACUGGGAUGAAGUGAGGAAGGGCGAAGUGGGGAGAAGAUUGGACCAAGAGCAUCUCAAACUGGUGACCGCAAAUAAGUCAGAAUUCCUGAAGAAUCUCCGAUCCAUCAAACUCAAAAAAGAUGGUUCCUGAGAAGAACAGGGGGCUGAGGUCCAUCAAGACGAAGACCUCCCGUUUUUUAUCCCUUCCCGGGUCUCCCACUGACUGACUCUCACUCUCUACAUGCACAUACGCUUUGUCGCGUUCACUUGUCACUUUGGUGGACUUUAU